AUGGGACUAUAACUUGAUAAAUGCUGUACGGGUGAUAAGUCUAUUACACCUUUCUAUAUGGAUGAUAUGGAAAGAGGCAAAAUGAAGCGAUAAAUAAGUACGAUUGGGAAAAAGAAUUUACAAAUGGAUGAAAUUAACAAGAUGUACAAUGGAAAUCUGUAGAACCUUUAUAUGUCAUCAGACGACUUAUAUCCACAGACUUUAAACAGAAACUCCAGUACCUUUGUAAGGAAUCGGUAAAACUAUAUGAACAUGCAAGACGAACAACUUAGAUAAAGAAUCUGGUAUCAAAAUAUCGAUGAAGUCUACGAUGUAGGCAAAGACUUGGGUACAGGUAGAUACGGUGAAGUCUUCAUGAUAGAGAAAAUCUCUUAUCCAAGGAAGAAAUUCGCCUGCAAGAAAAUUAAUCGAGAUAUGAUUAACUCUGACAUUUAGCUCCUCGAAAGAGAACUCGACAUUCUCACGAGAGUUGAUCAUCCAAACAUCAUCAACUUCCAUGAAAUCUUUAUGGAUGAACAGCACUUCAACUUUGUUACCUAGCUCUGCGAGGGUGGAGAUAUGUUCAUGCAUGUGGAAGAUGUCAAGGGCAAUGAGUAACUCGUAGCUAAGAUUGUUAAAUAAAUAUUAAGUGCUAUUAAACAUCUCCACGAUAAUGGCAUCUGCCAUCGUGAUUUGAAAUUAGAAAAUAUAAUGGUAGUUGAUCCGUAUAUUACUAAAAAUCCACAUAUAAAGGUCAUUGACUUCGGGCUUGCCUAAUACUUCGACUCGACAUUUUCAACAAUGCAGUCAAGAACGGGAACUCCCUACUAUAUGGCGCCUGAAGUGAUUGAUGGGAUCUAUGAUUAAUCAUGCGAUAUGUGGUCUAUCGGGGUAAUAACCUAUAGUCUUCUUGCAGGUUACCCACCUUUCAAUGCAAGCACCGAUGCAAAGCUCUUCAAGCAAAUUAAAUUUUGUGACUAUCAAUUUGAUGAGGAUGCUUGGUCGCACAUAUCAACUGAAGCCAAGUCUUUUAUUUCCCAGUGUUUAUAGCUUAAGAGGGAAUAUAGAAUAAAGCCUCUUGAUGCGUUAAAGCAUUCUUGGAUUAAGAAACAUACAUAGCAAGAGAAGAUCGACCUACAACUGAUUGAAACAAUGAGAAGAUGCAAGAAAUACAAUGAAUUCCAAAAGCACAUCCUUGAGAUAUUCUGUUCGCUACUAGACAAUAAGGAGAUCAUUCACAUCAGAAAUGCUUUUGCUAGUUUUGAUGAAGAUCACUCUGGCACUCUGAGUCUCGAAGAAUUUUCAAACGCUAUCAAAAAAUUAAGGAAGGACAUAUCUGAUGAGGAGAUAAGAGACAUAUUCGAUAGGAUAAUGGAUGAGGGCAAGAAUGAGAUCACAUGGACACUAUUCUAAUAUGCAUGUCUAGACAGAAAGCAAAUCAACUCAAGAAAAUUGAUGAGAGUAUUUAAAUAUUUGGAUUCAGAGGAAAUCUCUUACCUUACUUUUAAAAGUCUAAAGGAAUCGUUCUUGAGAAGGGAUUAGAAACUAGUAUCUGAAGGCUAAAUAGAUAAGAUACUAAGAGAUUCAGGAAUCGAAGAUUAUGACGAGGAGGAUAGUGACAAAGAUAACAGCAAAAAUGAUCAGGAAUAGUUAGGUUAAUCCGAUAGAAUAAGUUAAGCAAACUAUGAAAAUAAUUAACCAUAGUAAAAAUAUAAACGAGUGAAUUUCAAGAUAUUCUGUCAACUUGUAGGAAUAGACAUAUAAGUAGAGUAGCAAAGUGAUAGUAGCUCUAAUGCCAGCACAAGCACAAGAGAUGAAUCUUUGUAAGCAAAGAGACAGAGAAAUCAAGACUCAUUUAAAAUUAGCAAAAGAACCAACCUAUAAAAUCAGCAAUGA